ACAGAUAACUAAACUAUGCAGUCCUCCCAAAGGUCAGCUCUAUGUAUCAGCAGAGAAAGGCCUCCAAAACCCUUUAAAUAUCCUAACUCUGGGACUCACAGGCAGACUGACAGAGGAUGCCCAACUGUUAACAUCUACUUGUUCAUGUUGGGCAUUGUCUCAGUUCUCCUCAGAUCUGAGCUGCUUCCAAUAAAGCUUUUCAACAACUCAUCUCUGACUCCAGAAACUCCAUCUUUGGUUGGUUCAACCAAUAAUCAAAUCUCUGCAACAGGCUAUGACAUCAAUAUUUUCUCUAAAUUGUGUAUUGGUUGUAUACACUAAAACACAGGUGUGGCGUUUGGAUUUAAAUUUCCCAAAAUGCCAGUUCUAUGUGCACAAAAAAAGUCAAAACAAUUAUAAAACUUUUGUGGGUUCUCCUAAAAAUGUUUUUGUGUGCACAAGCCCCAGGUCCGUUUUCAGAUGAAGGAUGCUGCACACAAAUAAUGUUUCAUCCUUUCUGUUCACAAAUACCAAACAGAGGAAGAACAAUAAACAAUAUCGGCAACAACAAAACUCAGUCUAGAAACAAGCCACUGCUAUGUGCACAUCUACAGGUAGUUUGCAGCCCAGAUUAAGAGUAACGUGUCAAUUAAGAAUAACUUCAUGAAUUAAACGGGAGACAUCGUAUCAGUUGCAGGGUGUAGCCCAGGGUAGGUAUGUGGAAAAUAACAGUCAACAACACUGAGGCAAGAGCAACAACAAUGCGCUGUAACUAGACUGACCCCAGGCGCCGUUACAACAUGCAAACUGAGGAAGUGGCCUCUGCAGAACACUCUGUUCUUCUCUCAGAUCCUUUAGUUUUGGUUCUGCUUCUUCCUCCACCCAUUUGCUUUCUCUCCUUAUGCCCCCAGGCUGCAACACCACCAUGUCACACUCAUGCCAUGAAAUACAGUGCACGUACACUCUGUCUCACACAAACGGCAGUCCAGUUGUUCAAUGACGCAAGCUCCGUUUAUAGGAUUAUACAGUUCUGUCUUUGCUCUUUAUUUGUGUAUCAAAGGCAUCUGUGGCCUGAUGAGUCACUACAGUAUGUUGACUCUGUUUAUAUUGCAGCAGUUCUGUUGUGCAGUGAAUCCCCCUCUGCCUCUCCUGCACAUGACCUGUAAUUCUCAGUAUGGACUGAUGACGUCAAUACUGCUUAAUCUCCCUCCCUCUCUGUCUAUCUCUCUCUCUCUCUCUCCCUCUUCAACCCUGAGCUCUUAUAUUCAGCGGUGAGCAGUGGCAAGUCAAAUUUCUGUGUUUACACAGUGACAACACAUGCCGCUCUCUCCUGUUGCAGUGAAAACAUUUUACAGCCUAUAGUCAGGAAGCUGUUCAUCAGCAGACAGUAACAUUAAGUAUCUGGUAAGGUGACAGUUGCGUCAAAUAGAGGAUUAAAAGGACAUUUUACUGAAGUGCAGGGAAAACUCAGCUGUGGCCAGUGAUGGACACGAUGGUGUGUCUGAUGGGUGGAGGAGCCUCUAGACUGUACAGCGCUGUGACCCUCAGCGGCAGCAGCAGAUCUUCUCUCCCUCUGCCUCCAUCACACCUGGACUCACAGUCAGCAGACACAAACCUGGAUCCAGACUUUUGCAAGAGGGGGUCCACUGUCUGUCCCCAUGAUCCUGCAGAGCUGCUACAACAGUGUAAGGAUGCCCUCAGAGAGAGCCCGCCUCGCUUCCACAGGAAGUUCAUUAACCUCUUCGUUGAAGACAGCACCCCCAGCAGCCCAAUUAGGAUGAUGCAGUGGAACGUUCUGGCCCAAGCUCUGGGUGAGGGACUUGACAGUUUUGUCCAGUGUCCACUGGAGGCACUCAGCUGGUCGCACAGGAAGUAUCUCAUCAUAGAGGAGAUCCUCACCUACCGACCUCAUAUCCUGUGUCUGCAGGAGGUCGACCACUAUUAUGACACCCUUCAGCCGGUUCUGGCCGGCCUGGGUUACAGCAGCAACUUCUGCCCCAAACCCUGGUCGCCGUGUUUGGACGUGGAGGGCAACAACGGCCCGGACGGCUGUGCGCUAUUCUUUGAUCAGUCACGGUUCGAGCUUGUGGACAGCAUCAGCAUACGGCUGUGUGCCAUGAGGAUUCCAACCAAUCAGGUUGCUGUAAUGACGAUGCUCCGUUGUCGGAUCACAGAAAAAUGUGUGUGCGUGGCCGUGACCCACCUGAAAGCCCGCGCUGGUUGGGACUGGCUCCGUAGCGCUCAGGGUUCCGACCUCCUGCGACACCUCCAGAACCUGGUCCAGAAACAUCCUGGUGCUCCCACUGGUGACCCCAGCUCUGACAUUCCUCUGCUCAUAUGUGGCGAUUUCAACGCAAUCCCAAACGAGGAGGUGUACCAGCGGUUUGUCACGUCCCCGCUCAGCUUGGACUCAGCCUAUAAGAAACUCAGCAAAGACGGUUUGACUGAACCAGAGUACACGACAUGGAAAAUUCGACCCACAGGGGAAUGUUGUACCACUCUGGACUAUAUCUGGUACAGUCAGGAAUUGCUGAGAGUGGACACUGUGUUGGACAUGCCCACUGAGGAACAGAUUGGACCAAACAGGCUUCCGUCCUUUAGCUAUCCAUCUGACCAUCUUUCUCUGGUGUGUGACUUCAGCUUUAAGGAGAAGGAGUGAGCAGACGGUGACAGUCGGCAGACGAGAAGUGACAAUGAGUUGAGAUUAGCUUCAACUCCACGAGCAGGAGGCCUUGGACCCAGAGUGGGCAGCGGAGAAGUGACGCUGAGGUUACAAUGUCUCCUGCUGUUUUGAUGGCGUCUACCUCCCUGAACGCGAACACUGUUUUCUACACCAGGUCCCGUAGCUUCAUCUGUAGCCAGACUGUUUCCACUGUGACAUGAAUGAAAAAUAUUUUUUAAGUUAAGUUCAUAAUAAUCCUGAAAUCAGUCAGAAACAGUUGUAAAUGUGCUCCACACUGCCAGUGUUACAGAGUUACACAGAAUAAAGUUUCUGCUGUUUA